AUGUCGAAUUGGCCUUUACCAAGUCCAGAUAUUCAAUGUUUGCUUCGUACACUUCCAACAAAAAGCACUGGUCAUCCAAUUGGUACUGCAGCAAUAAUGAGUUCACAUAUUAAAAAAUGUCCAAAAACUCCUUUAGAUGUUCGAACAUAUCUUCUUAAUGCUCAUCAAUUUCAACAACAAAAAAUGAAAAUGAAUCCAACUAUUAUACAGGACCAACAAUCUGAUAUUCUCUCAGAUGAAUCAAUUUUACCAGUUAAUAUAUAUGAAACUAAUAAAUUAUUGUUGGAAAGUAUUAUAGAAGGUGGUGCACCUCUUUCUUUUGUGGAUUCUACAAAAUUUAGAGAGUUUGUUCAUUUAAUUAAUAUUCAUUAUCAUGUACCGACACGAAAACAACUUUCAAAUGAUAUUCUUAAUGAUGUUUAUAAAAAAGUUCAAGUUUCAAUUCAAAAAUUUAUUAGUAAAUUUGAAUGGAUUUCUAUUACGACAGAUGGAUGGACAAAUAUUCAUCAAGAUCAUAUUAUAAAUUAUAUGGUUAUUGGCAAAAAUCGGCAAACUGAACUUGUUAAAAUUAAAGAUACUUUUGGAGAAAGUCAAACUUCGACUGUUAUUUUUAAAGAUUUAGAUGAUAUUUUAAUACGUAUUGGUCUUGAAAAAAUUAAUGCGAUUAUUACUGAUGGGGCUGCAAAUCAUAUUCGUAUGAAAGUUAUACUUACUCAAAAAUAUUCAAAUAUCUUAGCAUUGCCAU